AAACUGAACUCACUUCCGCUGGUAACCAAAAGCAGUCAGACGUGAGGGAUGUCAAAGAAAAUUAAAUGUGGAGAGAAGAGACGAUUCAGAAACAGGAAAGGAACCGUUUGACAAUACUCUAUUUAUAGAACGAAGAUAAUUUAGGAAAUCGUGGUAAGAAUUUAAAUAGACAUUUCGAAAAUAUCACAUUUUUAGCUAAUCUCCUGUUUUGUGGGUAAAAAACGAAAGAGAUGGGGACAAGAGCUAGUCGUUUACAAGAGGACCCAGUGUCUUCGGCUUUCGUCAAAGAUGGCAUAAAGCGGGAUUCCUAUCGACGACCCCGCUGCAAUAGGCCCGCCAGUCUUAAAAUAGACUUUUCGGGGAGUUUUGACGAUUCGGAGACCAACCGUAGCCGAUCGGAGGAAGGCAGCGAUUCGGACAUAGGGCAACAGGCGAGUGCCGUUGGAAGCCCCGCCGACCACAACAGCGACCCAUCCAUCAGCCAGUCAUCACCAGCGGAAGACAACAGCGAAUGCAAGCGCGAGGAAGACGGUAAUAGCAGUCCCGAGGGUGCUGUCAACGGGGAACAUCUGCCUGGAGAGGAGACAGGCCGCGUGUCUCACCGCACUUUCUCUGAACGUUUACCCGGCAAUCGACACUCUAACUGGCGCAACGUCAGCGCAAGAUCCGCACGAAUGAGAGGCAUCAAUCAACGCCCGGCGUCGGAGGCUUGGAUUGGCCUCUACCGUGUCAACCGACAUGACAUCCGCUGUCCGUUCUGCUCCAAGUCUUUCUCGGGGGGCAAGAUUGAGAAUCACCUGUUGAGCUGCCUCACAUCUCCAUCUCUCCCUUACAACACGGACGUGCUCAGUAAGGACAGCGGUGAGUGUUCCAUCUGUCUGGAGGAGCUGCAGCAAGGAGAGACCAUUGCCCGGCUGGCCUGCCUAUGUGUCUACCACAAGGGCUGUAUAGACUCCUGGUCCAAGGUGAAGCCAUGCUGUCCCGAACACCCUUUUGAUUGACUCAUGGGUCACAUGUCCUGCUCAGGGACACACCUGACUCGGGAGACUGCAAUGUUUCUAUAAUUGCAGCAAAUAUAUUACGGCAAUGAAAAAUACCAGAGGCAAGCCUCCUAAUUUUACAGACCCAGACACAGCCCCACAAGGAUGUCAAUGAAAAAUACCAUAGGCAAGCCUCCUAAUUUUACAGUCCAGACACAGCCCCACAAGGAUGUCAAUGAAAAAUACCAGAGGCAAGCGUCCUAAUUUUACUGACCCAGACACAGCCCCACAAGGAUGCGACCGCAGACCACAUUUUUUUCUCUUCGACCUGGUUCAGUCCAUUUGAGCUGGUUCAGUCCGUUUGAGCUCAACUCAGACCACUAUAACUACCGCUGGAAUAGACAGCCACCUCUCCUCUGAACAUAGCCCAAACUAUAAACUGCUGCACUCCAGAAAAACGGUAAAUCAUCAUACCAGGUUGACAGUCCCGUGAAAGUCCUUUUUAACUCGAGGAGGAGAGGAAACGUGUGUUUCUGUUGUCCCAUGCAUUCCUCUUCCCCUAAUGUGAACUUUUCCAUAUGGGAUAGGUCAUUUUUGUCUUUUAUGAUGCAGCAAAACAAUAUUGGGCAGAGAUUCACGUUCCAGUGAAUAAAUGUUUCUGUCCAUAAAAAAAACAACCCAGCUCUGAAAAUGUUAACUGUUCAUGCUUAAAUAUUGCAAUGCAUUGUUUUUUUAUAGCCCGAUGUUGGAAAGCAGGGCUUUAUUUUGUGGAUGGGGUUGCUGUAGUAGUAGUGAUUGUAGGUGGUUUUCUAUUGUCGCCAUGAUACAUUUCAGGAGAGGGAUGUUGGGUGUGAGUUGAUUGUGGAGUUAAAAGCGGAUGAUGUUGGUUGGUGCUGAACCCACUGUGUUAGCGCCUUUUACCGCAGCUACAGUAGGUUGUUGGCAUUUCCCAGGCCAUAGUACUGGUGUUAUGCCCAUACUGAGCACUUUUUACCACAAGGCUGAACUUUCUUCUUCGAUAAGGUGUGCUUGAUUGAACCACAGUUGCUAAUUUAGUAACAACAGGUGUGUGUGUGUGUGUGUGUGUGUGUGUGUGUGUGUGUGUGUGUGUUUGGACGGACAAAUGGGGACAGUCAAUAUCCUGGAUGACCGCGCCCGACUCUAGACAGCAGAGGCGAACUGCAGACUUCUCACUGGCUGUGUAAAUGAGAGGUGUGUGUGUGUUCUUAGUGCCCUUAUACCCUCUGGGUGAGAUUGUUUUAACCCUAGCGUUGUUACAUGUCAUUUCAGCAAGCCAUGACCCCCACCAUCUCAGAUUGUUCUGAAAUUGUUUCUGUAGUUAGUAACAGAUAAGAGUUCCUGACACUACUUGUCUGUCACAGAGAACUGAUACUACAGUGCCUUCGGAAAGUAUUCAGACCCCUUGACUUUUUCGACAUUUUUGUUUCGUUACAGCCUUAUUCUAAAAUGGAUUAAAAAAAAUGUAAUCUUCAUAAACACACAAUACCCUUUAAUGAAAUAGCGAAAACAGUAUUAUUUAUUUAAAUUGCGAAAUAAAAUGUGUCAACUGAUAACUUACUUACAUACGUAUUCAGACCCUUUGCUAUAAGACUUGAAAUUGAGCUCCGGUGCAUCCUGUUUCCAUUGAUCAUCAUUGAUGUUUCUACUACUUAAUUGAAUUUAACACAGGUGGAUUCCAAUCAAUUGGACAUGAUUUGGAAAAGCACACACCUGUCUCUAUAAGGUUCCACAGUUGACCGUGCAUGUCAGAGCAAAAACCAAGCCAUGAUGUCAAAGGAAUUGUCCGAAGAGUUCCAAGACAGGAUUGUGUCGAGGCACAGAUCUGGGGAAGGGUACCAAAGAAUGUCUGCAGCAUUGAAGGUCCCCAAGAACACAGUGGCCUCCAUCAUUCUUAAAUGGAAGAAGUUUGGAAUCACCAAGACUCUUCCUAGAGCUUGCUUCCUGGCCAAACUGAGCAAUCAGGGGAGAAGGGCCUUGGUCAGGGAGGUGAUCAAGAACCCGAUGGUCACUCUGACAGAGCUCCAGAGUUUUUCUGUGGAGAUGGGAGAACAUUCCAGAAGGACAACCAUCUCUGCAGCACUCUACCAAUCAAGCAUUUUUGGUAGAGUGGACAGAUGUAUGCAUCUCCUUAGUAAAAGGUACAUAACAGCCUGCUUGGAGUUCGCCAAAAGGCACCUAAAGACUCUCAGACCUUGAGAAACAAGAUUGAACUAUUUGACCUGAAUGCCAAGCAUCACAUCUGCAGGAAACUUGGCACCAUCCCUACGUUGAAGCAUGGUGGUGGCAGGAUCAUGCUGUGGGGAAUGUAUUUCAGCGGCAGGGACUGGGAGACCAGUCAGGUUCAAGGCAAAGAUGAACGGAGCUAAGUACAUCAGAGAUCCUUGUUGAAAACCUGCUUCAGAGUGCUCAGGACCUCAGACUGGGGAGAAGGUUCACCUUCCAACAGGACAAUGACCCUAAGCACAUAGCCAAGACAAUACAGGAGUUGCUUCUGGACAAGUCUCUAAAUAUCCUUGAGUGGCCCAGCCAGCGUCUGGACUUGAACCCGAUCUAACAUCUCUGGAGAGAUCUGAAAAUAGCUGUGCAGCAACGCUUCCCAUCUAACCUGACAGAGCUUGAGAGCAUCUGCAGAGAAGAAUGAGAGAAGCUUCCCAAAUACAGGUGUGCCAAGCUUGUAGUGUCAUACCCAAGAAGACUUGAGGCUGUAAUCACUGCUAAAGGUGCUUCAACAAAGUAUUGAGUAAAUGGUUUGAAUACUUGUGUAAGUGGAAUAUUUCUGUUUUUUUGUUAGAAAUGUACAAAUGUCAACCACAAAAAAAAGUCCUCAAUUUUAGAAUGAGGCUGUAACCUAACAAAAUGCGGAAAAAGUCAAGGGGUCUGAAUACUUUCCAAAGGCACUGUAUAUACUUGUUGGGUUGGGACUGGUGUGGGGGGUCGGUGCCUGGCUUUUGACCAUUCCUUUGGAUUCCUCAUGUCUAACUCAUUGUUUGAAGAAAGUGUGGCCCAAUUCAUAUGUUAGGUACUAUAUUGAAUAGAUAUUAUAUGAAUCCUAUAAAUUAAAAUGCCCAAUUUGGAUGCAAUCAAUUAGCUUUCAAAAAUAUGUUGCAUGAAUGCUAGUCUUAUGUUUCUAACAGAAAUGAUUUCAGAACAAUCAAUGAUGGUUGAUGUCUACCCUCUUUCCUCUGCUUUAGCAACAAAGUAGCACUAUGGUCGUUCCACCUUAGGAACAAAGGUGGAACGACCAUAGUGCUACUUUGUUGCUAAAACAGUGUGAUUAAAAACAUACUGCUACGAUGACUUGGCCCUCCUCUCAGUGAGACCAACCUGUCCUGUCGUGCUGAAGGCAUGUGGUGGUGUGUCCCCCUGCCUCUCUCGCUCUGUCUGGGGUGUAGUCCGGAAUAUUGGACCAGGCCCUGUGCACUUGUCUGGCCAUCUGGCUGUGUUCAUGUCAAUGUGAGGGAUGAUGUAUUUUAGGGCAUGAUUACGCCAUGCGGCAUCUGCCUCGCCUAUCCCAUGAUUCCCAUCGCUGGAGGCAAUGAACAUCUGAUGAGGGGAUUUGUUGUGUUAAGCCACCACCCUUCCCCAUAAGAGGAUUUUUAGACAUUGUAUUAUUACCAUAUGUGUUAAACAAGCUACCGUUGCCUGUGUUGGCUGCCUUUGCCUGGUGAGAGGUUUGUGUCUGUCCAGGCUCCUAUGGUGUAGUCUAGUCUGGGGAUCAGUGGUGACGCUACAGUGAGUUUAUCAAAGCACAGGCGGACUGCUGUAGACCAGUAUGAGGAUCAGUCCUGUUCAGCAUUCCUAUUGGAUGAUCUCCCGGAGUUGUUGCACCAGAUCCUGCACUCUGAGGUGCUACGACGUGUCGUGCCCCGGCAGCACUGCAUGUUACUCUUUCCACUUCAAAAAAUAAACUAUUACGCCAAAAGUAUGUAUGUCUGUGUAACUGAAACAGUGGGAAGGGAUGUGUGUGAAAAAGAGGAAUUGAUCAUAAGCCCUAAAUGUACUUUUUUUUGUGUGGUGAAUAUGAUGAAUCAUUAUGUUGUGUACUUUGAGAGGGGGGGAGGAGGGGGUUGUCAGUAAAAAUCUGGACAAUCUGAAGCCCCAAAUGUUACAUUACUAUUCUCCCUUUUUACUGUGUGGUGCAAUACCUCAAUUUUUACAAAUACAAAAGCAUAGCUAUUCUCCAGGGAUGAUAUUUUCUAUGUAUUGUAUUCUUGGCGUUUAAUCACAGGGUUCUGUUCCUCCUAGACGCUGAGCUUUGACGGUUAUGCUGAUAUAUUCAAUGAGAAUGUUUGUCACCACAGCGAUAUCUGCAUCCCAAGAUAUGGACAAUCUGCCUUCUCUUUGGUAUAAUAGAACAAUUACGUUUAUUUAUUAAAGUGUAAAUAUGUAUUGCAAUUCAAACUGGCUUGGUCUUUGUCUGUUCAUUUGACUGUUUCUAAGCUCCAAUCUUUUGUAUGUCUCAAAGUUGGUUUUAUAUGUAUUUUUUACAAUAAAUAUGCUUUUAAGCCCUG